CUCUCUUUCGCUCUCACGCUCGCUCUCUUGCUCGCUCGCUCGCUCGCUCGCUCUCCUCUUUCUUUCCUACUCCUUGGGAACUGGUUCAACCACCGUACAACCAGCUCAUCUGCCUCUGGCAUUAGAGGAGAUACUGGAGCCGGAGGAGGAGGAGAGCGGAGGCGGGCGGGCAGGAGCUGCGGCGGCGGCGACAGCGCACAGCCGGCCCGCGCCGCGCCGCCCAGGAAGCCCAUGCCCGGCCCGUGCCGCCCGGGGCUUGCUCAUGAGGCCUCUGCCGAGCCGGAGCAGGAAAAACGGCGGCAUCUCCCUGGGACUCUUCGCCCUCUGCCUGGCCGCAGCCCGCUGUCUGCAGAGUCAGGGUGUGUCACUGUACAUUCCCCAGUCUGCCAUCAAUGCCACGGUGGAAGAAGAUAUCCUGCUCUCUGUUGAAUACUCCUGCCAUGGCGUCCCCACCAUCGAAUGGAGGUAUACAUCCAACUGGGGAGUGCAGAAGAUUGUGGAGUGGAAGCCAGGGACUCAGGCCAACAUCUCCCAAAGCCACAAGGACAGAGUCUGCACCUUCGACAACGGCUCCAUCCAGCUCUUCAGUGUGGGUGUGAGGGAUUCUGGCUACUACGUCAUCACAGUGACAGAGAGCCUGGGAAGCAGCCAGUUUGGCACCAUUGUGCUGCACGUGUCGGAGAUCCUCUAUGAAGACCUCCACUUCGUCGCUGUCUUCCUUGCUUUUCUCACUGCUGUGGCCGCCAUGCUAAUCAGCCUCAUGUGGGUUUGUAACAAGUGUGCGUACAAAUUCCAGAGGAAGAGAAGACACAAGCUCAAAGAAAGCACAACGGAGGAGAUUGAGCUGCAAGAUGUUGAGUGUUAGCCAAGGCUGGGCCCAAUUACAUUCCUACCUCAAGAGGAAAACAUUUUCCAAUGGAAGGAGGAAACACAGUCCACUCUAGAGCCUCCUAUUGCCCCGCCACAGCCACCCAUUCCUAAUGGGGCAGCUGGACGUUGACAGAAUUGACUGUGUGGAGUCGAGGACUCUGGAUUGGACAAAGUCAGUUCUCAUACUUGCACGAAGUUCAAGGGGAAGAGUGCUUGAGGCUUUGAGCCAGAGCUUUGCUGGGCUGCAGUUUCCAGUCAUGUUGAGCCAUUCCAAUGGCAUACUGCAGGCACUGGCUGCUUGCUCGCUAUGCUCUCUCGGGCUUAGGGGAUGCUAUUGGAGGAGUCCCCAUGUUAGAGGCCAGAGUAUCUCCAGAUCAAGUGUGCAGCCAGCACUGGAACAGCUCUCCGGGCUCCUGUCUGCUCUGCUUGUGCCCUCCAACCCUCUGCUGUGGGAGCUGCCAUGAGAAAACCUGAGGCUUUUAGACAAUCUGCUGCCUAAGCAGCAGAGGUGGAAAAGGACUGUGAUCCGUGCUGCUGUGCUGCAGUGAGUUGCUCAGAGCAGGGAGAGGACGCCCCACGGCCUGGAGCUUUAGGGAGAGGAACUUAAUUUGUUCCUGAAGGACCAGCAUUGGGAACCAGGAAUAGGGAGAAAAUUACCUUUCUUUUCCUCUUAUUCCAACGUUAAUUGGAUUUUCCCUCCUAUGGCCCCAACUUAGGCCAGUAUGAGGAAAAUAACAGUUCAUCUCCACUAUGGCAUCUGGCCUGCAAAUGGCCCCCUGACAAGCUCGGUAACGCUACCUGUGUGAAAGCUGAGACCGCAUAAUGGGAGGUACAACUGGAAAGUCAGUCAGCUCAGGCUUUGAAUCUGUCCCCCUCAGUCACUAACACUUCACGUCUCAAGUCAGGCCCUUGCUCUUUCCCAACCAGGCUAAGGAGCACUUGGCGCUUACCUACCUCACAGUCAGGGUAUCGAGUGAAGUUCACAGUAGCAUGGAGCUCUCUGAGCGAUUUAAGAAAAGCAUGAGGAUUCUUCAAGAACUUGGAAAGCAAUAAGUGCUAUAUUAUUAGAGUAUUGGAAAUCGAUAAAAUGCCAUGAGGUAUUGGGGCUCCGGGUGAAACUGCGGACUAGAUCACAGCUGACCUUUGUCCUUAGUCUCCCAAUUUAUUGGUCACUGUUUGCCUGAGUUUCUCCCAAGUUCCACUGGCAAGCUCUAAAGCAGGCAUGAGUUUAUUUUCUGUUAUCUUUACUCUCUCUAACAUUCUUAGCUACAGACCAAAGGUAUCACCCUGAUUAUUGAUGGAAGCUGAGGUUCUUAGCUGUGUCCCCAGCCCUCAGCUGCAGAUUCACCCACGCAAACAGGAAGGAGAGCUAGAACAUUCCUUCUCUUCUCCCUCCCUUCGGAGUCUCCAAUGUCCACAUUUCUUCUACUUCCCAUGUAGCAGUUAAGGCAUUGCCUGGAGGCCUUUGCCUAAAUAAUGAAAUCCAGAGUUGCAGGAAGGGACUUUUGGAGUACUCAGACAGGAGCGCUCAGUGAUCUAGGGAAGGGCUCUGAAGGCACUUCUUUGACUCCAAAGGCAAGAGAGCAGUUGGUCUGAACAAGUGACUUGUAGCUCUAGCACCUGACACAUGGAAAGUUUGCCCCCCACCGGGCCAUCUCCUUACAUACAUGUGUAAACAUGCACACCUGUGCCCUUUCCCCAUGGGGCAGUCAGAGGAACCAGGCCUGUGCCAGGACAGGUUCCUUGUACCGGUGUCUGGUGCCAUGCGGCAACAGCGGCAGCAGUACCAGAGAGAAAGCGGGGGCCGUCUAGGACAAUUUGAUUCUUUCUUCUCUUUCACAGAAAGCCCAUCAGCAGGAAACUGGCUAGGACCUGGGUAGCUGCUGGAGUCUGUGUACCUUCUCUCACAUGACCUGCUUUCCAGAACUCUACCUCUCAGCUGGUCAGAAGUCAGGAUGGUAAUUGUCAAUCAUAAAAGGAGGAAUGGAAAAGAAUACCCGAUGGGAGGCCUCCGUGGGCAAACCCAGAGAUGUAUUGCUCUCCCAAAAUUCCCUCAGCUUUCCAUUUCCUUAUUUUUCACGUUUAAAGCUCCCUCCAUCCCAAACAUUCCUCUGGAAAGUUUCUGAUUCCAGAGCCUGAGGUUUUUGUCUAUUUUUCAAAAAAGGAAAUAUGAAAUCAUGGAGGUUGGCCACUGUAAAUGUUAAGCUGUAAGUUGUGUUUCAAACUGUGAAAAAUAAUUGUUUUGAAGAAUGAAAUAAAACCUGAAAAUAAAA